GAUUAUUUUCCCUAAAAGCUGUCGAAUUAUUAAAACUUUAUUAGAUUUGUACAACGCCCUUCCGCGUGAGCGUGCUCGUGAACUAGCCGGGUUUGUGUUUCAGAUUUUGGUUUGUGUCAUCGUAAAUAUUUCGCAGUAACACUACAGACAUUCCUCCCGUUAAACUACAGACUAAAAGGAUGGCUUCAGAGGAGUCAGCAGCGCCGUCAGAAUCACCGGAGGACCAUAAUAAUGACCAAGACUUACUAAACCCCACAGCAGAUCCAGCAGAACAGAAUGAAGGCGUCAACACGUGCCAGUAUUUCCUGAUGGGAAAGUGUCAUUUUGGCCACAGAUGUCAUUUGUCUCACAGAGGGCCAGUAUUACAAGAUGCAGGGGCUGCUUUGCCUGACCUGGAUCAUGGAAAUGAUGGAAUAAAAGCUGAAAAACACAAGAAAAAAGGCAAAGUGAGCAAAGCUACUAAAUCAAAAGACACUGAAGGAAAAGAGGUGAGAAAAAAGCCUCGCAUGCGCACAGCAGAUGAUGUCAUCUCAAGGAUCCUGUGGGACCCCACAGUCGAUCCAUCAGAAUUUGUUGUGGGAUAUGUAGAUCGCUUCCUUGGUGUUCUUGAGCGCCCCUUCUCUGAGUUCAGCUGGGACACAAGCCCAUGCGACUGCAAUUACUCUGCUGAGCUGGCUUUGCCCAGACACAGGAUCCAGUACUUCAUCUACAGAGGGCAACGCAUCUGGGACCGCCACAGCAGGACUGACAGAGUGUUUGGCUCCACCGGGCAGUCUCUGGCUCCCCCCUUUGGAGGGGAAGAGGAAAUAGAGGAAAAAAACACAGACGAUGAGCAGCAACAUGAGGGAUUAACCUCAGUACAAGAAGGCCUUGAUACAGCAGAAGACAACCCACCAGCUGUCGGUGUGCUGGAAGAGAGCGGAACAGAGGCGCGUUCCAGUGCUGAAAACGAACAUCUGGAGGAAGAGAAGCAGAAUGACAUAAAUGUUGAAACCCCUGAUUCAACACAACCCACGCUAAACACUCAACAGGAAUCUGGAGGAGUACAUGUUAUGGAGGAGGCUGAAAAUAGUCUUUGUACUUCAAUGGAACAAACGUCCUUAUCCCAAAAAGAAGAAGAAGAACAUGAUAAUGCAACUGUAGGGGAAUGGAAUGAAAGCUGGGAAGGCAAUGAAGAAACGUUGUGUUAUCUUGCAGCCCUGCAUGUGAGUCGUAAUCCAUCAGCAUGUUUGGAGCAGAGAGAAGAGAAGCGUGGCAGUCGCCCACCUAAACGAAAACCCACACAUUUCAUCACUUUUAGGGCCAACACUCCUGCUGUCCUCUCCUCUUUCCAGCAGCUGCAGGAGGAGCUCACUGCCCUUCUUCCUUCCUCUGCUCCUCACUGGAAGGAUGCCCCCAGCCUUCAUGUCACCCUGUGCCUCCUGGUGCUACCUGGCCCGGUUGAGGUAGCAGCUGCCGGGGAGAUUCUGCGGCGCUUUGCCCGCCUAGAUCGCAACCCCCCGGUGGCUGUGACUUUCCCUGUAAAGCUGAAGCAUUUCAAUGGGAGAGUCUUGUACCUGAGCCCUCAGCCUCAGCUUCAUCUUCAGCAGCUCAACAGUGGCUUGCAGGAAGUCUACAGGACAGAAGGCUGGCUCCACAGAGACUCCUACAACCCACGCUACCACCUCACACUGGCAAAGGUGGAAGACAAGGAGGGAGAGAGGAUUUUUGAAGGGGUGGGGAACUUAAAAGUGGGUAAGAGUUUAAAUUUUGGUCGCCUGCCAGUUAACACUUUGCACCUGUGUGCCAUGGGCAUGUCCAAAACCGACGGCUUCUAUGAGACCUUGUGCACAGUAACUCUUCGAUGAUAGAAGACAGUGCUGUUUUUACAUAUAAGUACUAUAUACAUGUAUGUUAUUGCAAAACACAGAACUGGGUGCAGUACACUGGCCAUGUGGCUUUAUUUACCAAACCUGAUGCCAGUGCCUUUGUUUGGCGCAUGCAGUCCAGUCUGAGUGUUAAAUGCACUUUUAACAGUGAUAGAAGAUACAAGAUGUGCUGUAGUUUGUUUUGUUUUUACAAAUCUAAAUUAAUACACGCCUUUUUCACAGGCCAUUUUUUUGGAAUGAAAUAUAUUGAUGAAAAUAUCACAUUUUGUUGCUGUUCAAAAUGUUCAUUUACUAAUCCUGAAAUAGAUCACAUGGUUUAUUUGCUGUAGAUCUUAGAAGUUGGGAUGCAUUUCACUGUCUGCGAACCCUACAUAUUUUUUUAGAAUUAUUGAAUUAUUUUAUUUUGACACACAUGGUUGAAUAAAAAAGAAAUACAGUAUUUACAAACACAAAACAACAGUACAGCAAAACA